CGGAAGUUCGAUUAUGUGUACUAUCAAUUGUUCACUGAUACGCAAAAAGAACGGCGGAUAAGCGUGUGAUAUUUACGACGUUUGAAUAAAUCGUAAUAAACUGUAGGAAUCUCCUCGACGACAAUGAAUUACUUCGCGAGCAACAACUGGAACAAAAAUCAGUAUCAGAACUUGAAUGAUGCUCGCGUACGAAGCAAUUCGGUGGUGCGUUCUAUUCUUUGUUGCACAAUAUUGGGCUUGUGCUCAACGCUAUUAAUACUCUCAUUAUGGAGCUCUAACAUUCAUAUUCCGACAAUUCGCACUCAUGUGUUAUAUCUUGACAGACAGCAAUCUCUUUUACAUAUCACUUCUGACAAAUUCUUGUCAUUUGGUCUCGAUACAUCCUUACUUCGGAAUAUGAAUGAAUUACCUGUUAAACAAAAGGAAUUUAUUAAUUUGGCCCGUCACUUAAGUCCUGCUUAUGUAAGAAUAGGUGGAACUUCUGCAGACUGUCUAAUAUUUGAUCAGAAUCAGGUGGAACAAAACUCUCUCAGAAAAAUAUUAAGUCCUGUAGAUGGCCAGGAUAUCAGCAAUUUCACAAUCUCUAGUGCAGAUCUGCUUGCUGUCUAUAAUUUUGCAGCAAAAUCUGAGUUACGAAUGAUUUUUGAUCUGAAUGUAUUACUGAGAAACUCAGACGGAUCCUGGAAUGAUACUAAUGCACAAGAAAUUAUUAUGUUUGCCAAAACUCAAGGCAUGGAACUAGAUUGGCAAUUAGGAAAUGAACCAAAUUCCUUUAAACAUGUUUUUAAUGUAACGAUUUCUGCGAUUCAACUCGCAAGGGAUUAUAAUCGGUUGAGGCAAUUGCUAGACGAAGCAGGAUACAUCAGCAGCAUCCUCGUCGGACCGGAAGUGAAUCACAUUGGAGACACAAAUCACAAAGGGGAAAUAUAUGCUGAGACUUUCCUCGAAAGUCAAAAAAACAUCGUAAAUUAUGUAACUUGGCAUCAAUAUUAUCUGAACGGACGAGAAGCUAAAGCCAUAGAUUUCGUGAAUCCUCGCACAUUUAAUUGGUUACCGAUGCAAAUCAAGAGUAUAGGAAACGUUGUUGCUGCAUCUGCACAAAACGUUUCCAUGUGGUUGUCAGAAACUAGCACUGCGUACGGCGGAGGAGCACCCGGAUUGUCUGACAGAUUUGUAGCCGGAUUUUUAUGGUUGGAUAAAUUGGGUUACAGCGCUAGUGCUGGAUUAAACGUUGUCACGAGGCAAUCAUUGUUCGGCGGAGAUUAUGCUAUGGUGUCGCCAAAUCUCACACCGAACCCCGAUUGGUGGGUCAGUGUCUUCUACAAGCAAUUCGUAUCGGAGAAGGUUCUAAAAUUGCUCACACCCAACAACUUUGACUACGUACGGCUAUACAUGCAUUGUACACCGAAAAAAGCUUUAAUCGCCAGAGUGCCGGCUGUCACAAUCUAUGGAAUGAAUAUUGAUAAAAUUGCGGUUCGCAUCGAUAUUCCAGAGUUGAUAGUACAGUCUAGUAAAAUAGUGAAGAUAUUCUUUUACUCUUUGACUGCUGAUUAUUUUCAGUCAAGUGAAAUAAAGUUGAAUGGCGAAAGGUUAAAAUUACAACAGAAUGGAGAUUUACCGCCAUUUCGACCUAGGAUACUGGAUCCUACGGAUCUUAUAAUCCUACCGCCGUAUUCCAUGGUCUUCAUGAUUAUUCAUGGCAUCGAGGUUUCUGGCUGUUCGACAUGAAUGAAGAAAAUGUGAUACAAGUCAAUUUUAUGUGAUUUACAUUGUAUAUCUUUCUUAUAUAUAUUAAAUAUUUAUAUAUUGUAACUUAUAUUACAUAUAUAUAUAUGUAUAUAUAUAUUUUACAAACUCUUAUCAACAAGUCGUUUACAAGCACGAAUCUCCUUUAUAUAAGGAUCCUAUUUCAAUUGGGAAUGUAUUUUCUUAUUACGUAAUAAUUUUCAAUUUAUGAUUUGUUUUACUAUCAUUUUAGAAAUAAUAAAUAUUACAAUGUGCUUUACAAAUAGUAACAGUCAAUGGCAUUACACGCAACUAUUCUUGCGAUAUUGGAUUCCAAUAGCUACACAGUUUUGUUCUACUGACGAUGCACAUUACACUUUUCUUAUUUUUUGUUUACAUAUUUUCUAUCUUUAUUUAGCAAACAUAUCAUGCUGCCUUUAUUUAUUUAAACUUUAUAAUCUUUCUUAUUUAUAAAUAUCGAAAAGAAUAAAGGUAAUACACAACGAAAUGAUAUUUAUACAUCGAAAAAAGAGCUCUUAUGUAAUGAGUAGAGCCCGGAUUUCGUAGAAGUUCUCAGAUCGAGCAACCGUAGCUAGUCCUCCCCACCAUGUCGCGCUCGUCGAGCGGGUCGAAGUGAAGCGAGCUGUGAGGAACUCGCUACGGUCGACUCAAAAUGGUACGUCGGCCGGCGGAAAACCCGGGCUCUAGUAAUGAGACUAGCAUUGUCAUCACUCAAUACUCCUUCAGUUUCUGUAAAAAAUGUGCAACACUCGAAUCGAGGGAAUAAAACAUCUAGGGGGUAAUCAUUAAUGCAAACAUUGACAUGAUACAUUAUAAUACAAUACUAUCUGUAAUGA